GCCGCCGCCAUGGCGCGGGCGCUGCGCUGCCUGGAGGCCGCCUUCGCGCUCUACUUCGUCUCGCACGUCCCCGUCACGCUGCUGCUCGACCUGCAGGCGCUGCUGCCCGCCGGGCUGCACCCGCAGCAACUGACGGAACUGCUGCACUGGUAUGCCACCGCCUUCCGGGACCCCCUGAUGCUGCAGCCCCCGGAGUGGUUCAAGGCAUUCAUAUAUUGCGAAGCCUUCUUACAGCUGCCGUUCUUUCCCGUCGCAGCGUAUGCCUUCUUAAAAGGUGGCUGCAAAUGGAUAAGGACUCCUGCAAUUAUAUACUCCACCCAUGUAGCUACAACGUUGUUUGCUAUCCUGGCUCACAUCCUGUUCCAUGAUUUCUCAACGUCAGAGCAUCUGGGUCCUCAGACACUGCGUGAGCGCCUCAUUCUGUUAUCUAUAUAUGCACCAUACUUGCUGAUACCACUUCUGAUUCUUUUUACCAUGCUAUACAGCCCCCAGUACAACCAGGUGGAGAAAAGGAAAAGGAGGUAGUCUGCUGUAAACGGUGUAAGCACAACUUCCCCAUUAGUUUUAUCCAGACCCCAGUCCUCUGUGACAAACACAAGCAGUGAUGCUGACUGCAAUUCCUAUUAGCAAAGCGUCAGAUUCCUGCAAGGAAAGUUUGAAUUGGCUUUUGUUCACAGCCCUUCCAUCAGAAAUAGGUUUGGCAGAAGCCUGUGUUGGCAGAUCCAGGCGGUACCUGGGUAUUUGUAGCUUAAGGGACCCGGCAGCUCCCUGCCCAUUGUCAAUUUUGUGUGGUGCUUCUGUGUGAGGAAAAUGAACUUCCAACCAUUAAAUGCACAACCGUGUGAUGGAGGCUGGGAACUGCAGCCCAUGCUUUUCCUUCAACUUUCUUUUCUCCAAGGUUACUUCAGGUUGAAAUUUGUCUUCCAAUAACAUAUUCUACAAAAUCCUUAACUGAUUACAUACAAAUUUGCAAAGCUAAAAUCUUUUUCUCAUCUACUUUUGAAGCAUUUCAGAUCAUGUAACAAUCCUUAACUUCCUCAGCUUUCCAUCUAAAAUUUCACCUUAUUUUUCUCUGCUCCAAUUUUGAUUACUUGCAAAUGCCUGGUCGGUGAUAAAUGUGCCAAAAUCCAGAUUUCUGAAUGAUUUCUUUUGUUUGGCAAUUUCUCCUGGAUUUCUUCAAGUACUUCAGCAGCUGUAAACAAGGAUUUGUAAACUUUUCUCUUCCAUGAAAUAACUUCUAGUGUGGAAAUAAAUAACUGCAUCCAAAUUGCAUUUAAUUUCUGAAAGGAAUAAAUUAAAACCAACAUAAUCUAUGGGAGCUUAGAUAAAGAAAAAUAAUUGUGUUAUACUUUGAAGUAAUAGAAAAUAAAACCAACUGCUGGUAGACUUUCUUUUUCUCAGUUUGAUCUGUAAGAAUAAAACAUGAAGACUUGUAAAA